AUGGCUUCCUGCAAACAACUCUUUUCAUCUCCGCUCACGUGCCAUUCACUCACGUAUCGCACCGCCGAAUUUCUCGUUGUUGAUUUCGAUAAGAAAGGGCAAAUACCGUCUUUGAAAUUUCCUAUGAAUGACCCAGAGCCGCAAAUCAUUCGCAUCACGAACAAGCACCCCACCGAGGCGAUGUGUUUACAGGUGUUUCCUCCGCUUCCGAGGGAUGCUUGGGACAAACCAUUUGGACAUGUUUGGUCAACGAUGACGAACGAGUGGUUUCUCGAGUUAUAUGGUUGGGUGAAAGGAAUGAAGAUUGCCGAUCAAGUCAUGGUGGCAUGCCAAAAGUAUGGCACACCUCUUGGUCAUGGUAAGAAACCAAUAACUCCCUCGGAUUUUCAUGCGAUGGAAUUCGCCGCAUUCUGCGAACUGCAGGCCAGCAUCGACGACGUGGCACUUCAAAUUGAUGCGGGCUUCGUCGUGCCGGUGAUCCUGAUCGAGCAGUACAUUUUUGAUGUACUCGACAAGGUCCUGCAGGCUCCGGAAGAUGACGACGUGUCAUCAUCUUCCUUGCGCUCAAACGAUGAAUUAAAUGAAAACGUCUCUUCCAUGUCUUCAUCUCUCUCGACUGCCUCUUUAUCGCUUCUCGGCAAUGGCUUGAUUCAUUCCACUCCUAUGGUACAGGACACCCCCGCGAAAUCGCCCAUUGCUGCCGUUACUUGCCAAAAGCGACGUCGCUCAGGUGAUCUGUUUCGAGAUAGCUUGAAGACGAUCGCGGAAGUUGAGUCUGCUUCCAAUUCCGAUCAACCAGGCCCGUCUAAUCAGAGGAUCCGUCACAAGGACAAUAAUAGUGAUGAAGACGGCGCUCUCAUCGACUUCAUUCAUACGUCAACAUCUCAACCCCGUGGCUAUGAAAAUGCAUUGAGUGAUAAAAAUCAAGAUACUCACAUAAGGAAAAAUGAUGGUUGCCCCAAAUGCCAUAAAACCAUGUAUGGGAAGGCGUGUUUGAGAUGCCAAGACGGAUGUUUAAAAUGGUGGCAUACACGAUGUUUUGAUACCACGUUGCACUAUCGAGCUGAUGAAGCAAAAGCUCGAGCACAUGAUGGAAAACUUCUCUGUGCCGCCUGUCGACAAGGAAUC